AUGGCGCCUGUCUAUCACGGCCAGUGGGUUUUCGACGGCCGCGCAUUCUAUGUCACUACCUCUACCGGCGAGUUCCACUCGCGCGCAACGGAUUCCGAGCUGGAUGAUAUUUUCACUGCACCAAUAGGAAAUAAAACAAACGUACCCGACUAUCAUGGCCACUGGUACGAAGCACAACUUCUCCAUUUCGGACUGGCGCCGACGCCCAGUAAAGCCGCAGCCAAGAUGAGAUUGAUGGAUGCCUUCCAGGAUGGUGCACUGGAAAUUCCAAUGGAAAUACUCCGGAUCGAAGCAACCUUACGCAAGAACUGGAUCAAACAAGACCUGGAUUCCCAUAUCCGAGGUUCUACAAUUCGACCUUCACCCGCUGCUGUCCUCCCGGAAGCUAUGGAAAUUGAUACGACUGACAUUGACACUACCGAGAAACCGGAGGGUGAUGAGGAGGAAAGUCUGCUAGGUGCUGGCGGAGCUGGCGGAGCUGGUAUGCAAGACAAUAUGCGACCCCAACGGAACAACAUGCAACUGCCCCAUGCUCACCCGAAGAGAAAGAACUGCAACACUGCAGAGUUGUCAAUCCGCCCUAAGAAGACUGCCAGAUACCGUGAUGAGACUGAGGGAUCCGACUUGCAGGUCCAGGUCCACGUCAACACAGACAGUGGCCCCUCUCACCAGGGACCAACUAUUACUCCAGUGUCAGUGGGAAACAGUUGCGGACGCCCGGGUCCAGACAGAGAACUGCCGCAAAUGGAGUUCCAAACUGUGCCUCUGGCGCACCAGGCUACCUACGGAAUGGGAACCCAACUUCCUCCAUCCGGGCUAAUGGGCGCUGAUGGUGCAAGCGAUUGCUGCUGGAUGGAGUUUCAAGAACAGAAGUUCAGUGGCCAGGGCAUCAAUGGACUUGAGAACUUGAACGGGGCUGAAGCAGAAGUGAGAGGAGUUGAGAAGAUGGGAAUGUAG